AUGUCGAAACGCCAGGCAUCAGAGGCUCUAGACGACCUCUCGGGAAUCGAGUCGCCCGCAUCCAAAAAGUCGAGAUUCGACGACUACAACAAGAGCCUAACCCCGGCCAGCGUAGUCGAAAAUGGAGACGAGCAGAAUGGGACGAUAGGGGGCGAAGAGGGCGAGACCGACGAGUUUUCCGACGAGGACGAAGUCGAAGAGAAGGCGCCGAUUAGGCAAUCCGCACCGACAGCAGGGUAUGACGAUCUCUACCUCGACACCAUCGACCGCAACGUACUCGAUUUUGACUUCGAAAAACUGUGCUCGAUCACACUAUCCAACAUCAACGUAUAUGCAUGUUUGGUGUGUGGGAAAUACUUCCAGGGCCGGGGGCCGAAAUCGCACGCCUACUUCCACGCGCUCGAGGAAGAUCACCAUGUCUUCAUCAACAUGAGCACCCAGAAGGUUUACGUACUGCCGGAGGGUUAUGAGGUUACGAGCAAGUCCCUCGACGACAUAAAGUACGUGUCAGACCCGCGGUACACGCGACAAGAGGUGACGGAGCUCGAUCGCAAGCCGCACACAUCCUGGACGCUAGGGGGCAAGGAGUACGCCCCCGGCUUCGUGGGUAUGAACAACAUCAAGGAGAACGAUUACCUAAACGUCGUGGUGCAAGCGCUCUCCCACGUGGCGCCAUUGCGCAACUACUUCCUCCUUGAGGAUUUCACCUCCGCCCCCGAACUCGUCAAGCGCACAUCCAUCCUGUUCCGCAAGAUCUGGAACCCGCGCGCCUUCAAAUCUCACGUCUCGCCCCACGAGCUCCUCCAAGAAAUCUCCCUCCGCUCCAACAAGCGCUUCACCCUGACAGCGCAAUCCGACCCCGUCGAAUUCCUCUCCUGGUUCCUCAACCAUCUCCACCUCGGCCUCGGCGGCAGCAAAACCAAACCCGGCUCCUCCCCGAUCCAGCGCAUCUUUCAAGGCAAGCUCAAAGUCGAGUCCCAAUCCAUCACAGCGCGCGGCGACGGGCUCAACGACCGACUCCGGUUCGAGGAAGCGUCGGACGCCAAGACCGACAUCGCGCGUUUCCUCCUUCUGACCCUCGACCUCCCGCCCGCACCCCUCUUCCAGGACGAGCAGGAGCGCAACAUCAUCCCGCAGGUGCCACUGGCCACCAUCCUGGCCAAGUACAACGGCGUAACCGGCCAGGAGCUGAACGCGCAGCGCAAGCGGUACCGGCUGAUGCACCCGCUGCCGCCCUUCCUCAUACUGCACAUCAAGCGCUUCAGCCAGAACAAGUUCGUGUCGGAGCGCAACCCGACCAUCGUCACCUUCGACCCGCGCAACCUGGACGUGUCGCCCUACGUCGAGCCCGACCCGGCCCACUGCCCGCCGGGCGAGCCCGUGUGGUACGACCUGGUGGCCAACGUGGUGCACGAGGCUGUGCGCGCCAAGGAGGACGUCGCCGACAGCGCCGUCGGCGAGGAGCGCAAGACCUGGAAGGUCCAGCUGCGCGACAAGGCCACCGACGAGUGGGUCGUGGCCCAGGAUCUGUUUGUGGACAAGAUCCGCAGCGAGUUGCUGUAUCUGGGCGAGAGCUACCUGCAGAUUUGGGAGCGACGCAGGGGGCCGCCGCCUCGGCAGCAGAGUAUUGUGAUUGGGAAGGGGAAGGGGAGGGAUUGA